AUGGCUGCUACGACAUUAACGACGACGACGACGACUGUGACGACGGACAGGAGUAAUUGGAGGGAGAACAACGCCUUGGUGUGGAUUUGGAAGGGAGUCGAGUUUGUGGCGGCGCAGUGGUUGCUCAUUGGAUUCGGCGUGGCGUGUGUGCUUGGAUGCUUCUUCCCACAUGUCGCAGAACAUGGGGGAGUCAUUAGAUCAGAGUAUAGCAUCCUGUAUGGUGCUGUGGCAAUCAUCUUUCUGAUAAACGGACUGCAGCUUCCUCCGGAUAAGUUGAAGCAGAACCUGACAAACUGGAGGCUGCAUAUCAUGGUUCAGGGCUGCAGCUUUGUGAUUAUCCCGGUGAUUAUGUUGGCCUUUGUACACAUUUGUCUUGCGGCUGGCGCUCUCCGGCAUGGUACUCCUUCCAUCCCCAUCAUCCUCGGCAUGCUCGCCACUGCUUGUCUCCCCACCACAAUCGCCUCCAACGUUGUCAUGACACGCUCAGCAGGAGGCGAUGAAGCUGCAGCCGUCAUCUCCGUCGUCAUUGGCAACACACUCGGCUCGUUCCUCACGCCAAUCCUGAUAUACGGCUUUAUACCGCGCGAUUCUGUCUUUGACAACUGGCGACCUGCGGACCCGAGUACGCUGGGCGACAUUGGGACAGGCGGUGAGGUGGUGGAAAGGAGAUCUUGUGUCAAAGGUGCUGAGGGUGACGAUGUUGGGAAAGCUACCGGCAGUUUGCCUGAUACUGCUAGCGCAUUCGGCACUGGUGCGCUCUACAAGCUAUCUAAAGAAGACGUCAUUUUCAACGUCUUCAUUAAUAUCGGCCUCUACAUGAUCUUCACCCUCAUCUGCUUCUACCUCGCUCGUCCACCUACCUUUCUCGCAACAUACGUCAACCCUCAUGUCACAGAAUCUCGUCUACCCGAGGGUGUCAAACGCAUAGUCUCUGUUAAGAAGAUGUCCAAGGAGCAGACCAUUGCCGUGUGCUUUUGCGGAGCGGCCAAAACGACGAGCUUGGGAAUUCCUUUGGUAACGUCCAUGUGGACCCAGGCGGAUGAUUUGACAAGGGCGUUUAUCACGAUUCCAGUUUUGCUUUAUACAAUUGAGCAGCUCUUGAAUAAGGUCUUUAUGGCUCAAGGCUUGGUCUACUAUUUUAGAUGGUAUUUACGACGUGAUCGAAAACCGGGUGCUGGUAAUGCGGGGGUUAUUGAUGAGGAGCAACCUGCGUCAACAGGGGAUCACGAAAGUGAUAUUACGGCUCAUGAUAAUGAUGAUCAUGAGGAAGAAAGAACACCAGUAGAGAGGGUUGAAGAGAAAGACACGUGUGCACCUAAUGCCUCAUGA